CGAGAACACAUUCGACCUUAACCUGGCGGACACUUUUACAUUUACGUCGGAAGCGGUAUUUUAAAAUAGCGUUGCUGAAAGAUGUGCAGCCCUUUGUAUGAUGUAUUGGAAUCCUAUGAAUCUGGGAAAGUCAAAAAGGGAUCUGUUCGAGUGAGUAAGUGGAUGGGUUACAGAAAUGAGAGUAUGACAUUUGAUGAAAUUAUGGAACAAGUUGAAGUUGCUUUUGCCGAAAAAUUUGGCUCAAAAGACUGCAAUAAAUAUCCAACUGUUGUGGAAAUCAGACCAAGUGGAGGACCUGCUUGCGAAUCAUUAUUCACGGUACUUCGGCACGUGACAGAUGAUCAGAUUGGCAUGAAAGCGUGUGAUAAAUCACCUCAUAUUUUCCAAAGCGAAUGGCCUAAUUUCUCUGUUUAUAUAAAACGUUUCCAUUUAAAAUCUAUUAAACAAGAUGAAUUUAUGGAUGAAACAAAGGAUUUUAUUGAACAAUUAUCAGAAGGUAAUUUUAACUAUAUGCCAGAACCGUAUUAUUGGAUUAUAUACGAUCCAUCAUUAAUGAAUGGUGAAGAUGGCAAUGCAGAGAUUUGGUUAAAAAUUGAAUAACACUAUAAUUGUCUUAAAAUGUUUACUAUUGAGAAUUUUAUCACAUGUCUACCUUACAUGAGAAUAGAAUUUAAUGUAUCUAUUCAUUAAAUUCUGAAUUCAGCUUAAUUAUUUUACCAUUCCUCUUUCAUUUAAUAUUCUUUUUUAUUGGUUGUCGGUAUAAAUAUAAACAUAGUUUCUCUUAUCUAUUUGUGCACGGGCUCUUCUAUUUUUUAACCACCAAAAUUUGUGUCUGUUAUUAUUACUAUUAUUAUUAAUAAUAAUAAAAGUGGUCAGUAGUAUUCAACAAAAAAAGGAUCCACUUGUUUUUAUGUCAUACGAUAACUGUUCAAAAUGAUUCUUAGUAAUUAUAUGUAAGACGAUAGACUAUUGCAAAAGAUUGCUCCAUGUUGGCUGUAUGUCCUGUUUGAACUAGAUGGUCUGAGAUGGAGCUGUCAACAGUUUUGACUAAACCUUUUCUUAACCACACGGGGAGGGGCUCACGAGCCCGAAUGUACAAAUCCCUAGAACAUUUGCUAACAUAACUUUUGCAAUAGUCUAUCGUGUUAACGACAGUCUACCUAAUCCCGUCAGACUGCGAAUCCUACAGAUGGCUGAAACAAUUGCUAUUCGGGUCAAAAAGCCAGAGCUUUGCAUCCAAAAGAAGUAUUUUCAGCCACUCCAAUUAUAUGUAAGAAUAAGAAUAGUCAAACUUACUCUUCAAAACUAUGAAUAGAACUAUAACAGUGGAUUUGUUUUUAUUCAAAUAGAAAGUCAGUUCAGUGUUGUAAAAUACUCAAGAUUAGUUCUUGUAACGAAAGUUAAAGUUGCUUUAUCUCAAAAACUAUACUAAAGGAAAAGAAAAAAACCUAUGAGGUUGUUGUAACGUGUGAGACUGCAGGGUUUGAUAAGCAGCGUAUUUAUCGAUCGAUUACAGUGGACAGUAACACGUAAAACACGUAAGGACGACCUAGUGCCCUGAUUUGGUCCCGCUUCGCUGUCUGUCCUAGCCAGUUGAGUCAAGAACACAAGUCACAGCCUCUGAGUUAUGAAUCAUCAUAUUUCAAACAUACUUUGUUUAUAUACCAAUCAAGCAUACCACAUCGUACCAUAAAAUAGGAAACAACAUUUGUACAAUAUUUAACAAGUGAAGUAAACAUCGACCAAUAGGAAAUGUACAUUUAAGGUCCAAAGCCACCAUAGACUUAACACGAUAAUUAUUGGUAUAUUUUUCCGACUAUCCCAACAGGGGUCUUCUCUUGAAACUUCACAAAAACAUGUAACUCACAAUGCAAUUUUAUUAGAGUUUUAUAUGGGGAUUACUGAAUUUUAAAUCAGUGGUCUAAAUGUAUGUUGCGCUCUCUAAGAAAUUUGAAAGUAUUGCGUUCAAUCGAAUGUGUGGUAGUCGGUGACAUAUUUGAUCAAAAGUAUGAAAAUUGUCCAAACAAAGAGUGUAACAAUAUAAACUUAUCUGAGG